AUGCCACGCAGCCCCACGUCCAGCGAGGACGAGAUGGCCCGGAGCUACUCAGACUCCUCGGAGGAGUCGGACUCGGACAGCUCCAAGGAGGAGACCAUCUAUGACACCAUCCGGGCCACAGCCCAGAAGCCAGGUGGCGCCAGGGCGGAGGAGGGCCAGGCCCACACGCUGGUGCUGCGCAUCGUCAUCGAGGAUCUGCAGCAAACGAAGUGCAUUCGAUUCAACCCGGAUGCUACGGUGUGGGUUGCAAAGCAGCGGAUUCUGUGCUCGCUGAACCAGAGCCUGAAGGACGUCCUGAACUACGGGCUGUUCCAGCCGGCCAGUGACGGGCGCGACGGCAAGUUCCUGGACGAGGAGCGGCUGCUGCGCGAGUACCCGCAGCCCACGGGCAAGGGCAUCCCGUCCCUGGAGUUUCGCUACAAGAAGCGGGUGUAUAGACAGACCAACCUAGACGAGAAACAGCUGGCCAAGCUGCACACGAAGACCAAUUUGAAAAAAUGCAUGGAUCACAUCCAGCAUCGGUCAGUGGAGAAAAUUGUCAAGAUGCUGGACCGAGGCCUGGAUCCGAAUUUCCACGACCUGGAGACCGGAGAGACUCCCCUGACCUUGGCUGCUCAGCUGGACGACCCCGUGGAGAUGAUCAAGGCCCUCCGGAACGGCGGGGCCCACCUGGACUUCCGCGCCAGGGAUGGCAUGACAGCCCUGCACAAAGCCGCCCGCACCAGGAACCUGCUGGCCCUGAAGACCCUCUUGGAGCUUGGCGCGUCCCCGGAUUACAAGGACAGCUACGGCCUGACCCCGCUGUAUCACACGGCAGUGGUUGGGGGCGACCCCUGCUGCUGUGAGCUGCUGCUCCACGAGCACGCGGCCGUGAGCUGCAAGGACGAGAACGGCUGGCACGAGAUUCACCAGGCCUGCAGGUACGGCCACGUGCAGCAUCUGGAGCACCUGCUCUUCUACGGGGCCGAUAUGGGGGCCCAGAACGCCUCGGGGAACACUGCCCUGCACGUCUGCGCCCUCUACAACCAGGACAGCUGUGCACGCGUGCUUCUGUUUCGAGGUGGAGAUAAAGAACUGAAGAACUACAACAGCCAGACCCCGUUCCAGGUGGCGAUCAUCGCCGGCAACUUCGAGCUGGCCGAGUACAUCAAGAACCACAAGGAGACCGACAUCGUGCCCUUCCGAGAGGCCCCGGCGUACUCCAACCGCAGGAGGCGGCCCCCCAGCACGCUGGCCGCCCCCCGACUCCUGCUGCGCUCCAAUAGUGACAACAGCCUCAACGCCGGCGCGCCUGACUGGGCCGUCUGUGCGGCCGCCUCCCACCUCAGCCUCUCGCCCCAGCUGCUGCAGCACACGCCCAGCAAGGCCGACGGGGCCGCCAAGACCCUCGGGAGCUACACCCCUGGGCCCCGCAGCCGGUCCCCCUCGCUCAACAGGCUGGGCGGAGCCGGCGAGGAUGCCAAGAGGCCCCGGCAGCCCUGGCACGUCGGCCCAGCUUUCCCGCUAGGAGCCAACAAGGACACGCUCUCCGCCUUCGAGUUCCCGGGGCCCAGACGGAAGCUGUACAGUGCGGUGCCCGGGAGGCUCUUCGUCGUCGUCAAGCCAUACCAACCCCAGGUCGAUGGCGAGAUCCCCCUGCACCGUGGCGACAGGGUCAAAGUGCUGAGCAUCGGCGAAGGUGGCUUCUGGGAAGGCAGCUCCCGCGGCCACAUCGGAUGGUUCCCCGCUGAGUGUGUGGAGGAGGUCCACUGCAAGCCCCGGGACAGCCAGGCAGAAACUCGUGCAGACCGCAGCAAGAAGCUCUUCCGGCACUACACAGUCGGCUCCUAUGACAGCUUCGAUGCCUCCAGCGACUGCGUUAUCGAGGAGAAGACCGUGGUCCUGCAGAAGAAAGACAAUGAGGGCUUCGGGUUCGUGCUCCGAGGGGCGAAAGCGGAUACGCCCAUUGAAGAAUUCACGCCCACGCCAGCGUUCCCGGCCCUGCAGUACCUGGAGUCUGUGGAUGAAGGCGGGGUGGCAUGGCAAGCCGGACUGAGGACCGGGGACUUCUUGAUUGAGGUGAACAACGAGAACGUCGUCAAGGUCGGCCACCGGCAGGUGGUGACCAUGAUCCGCCAGGGCGGGAACCACUUGGUCCUCAAGGUGGUCACGGUCACCAGGAGUCUGGACCCGGAUGACACCGCCCGGAAGAAAGCUCCUCCGCCUCCGAAGCGCGCUCCAACCACGGCCCUCACCCUUCGAUCCAAGUCCAUGACCUCGGAAUUGGAGGAGCUCGGUGAGUGCCCAUGGGCUGGCCUCGCAGAGCCACAGCCUGUGCAUAAACCCGAGGAGAUCGUCCCAGCCUCCAAGCCAUCCCGGGCUGCCGAGAGCGUGGCGCUGGAGUCCAGGGUGGCCACCAUCAAGCAGCGGCCCACCAGCCGGUGCUUCCCCUCCGUCUCAGACAUGAACUCCGUGUACGAACGCCAGGGCAUCGCCGUGAUGACACCCACCGUCCCCGGGAGCCCGAAGGGCCCGUUCCUGGGCCUCCCUCGAGGUACGAUGCGAAGGCAGAAGUCAAUAGGGAUAACGGAGGAGGAGCGUCAGUUUCUGGCCCCGCCCAUGCUCAAGUUCACCAGAAGCCUGUCCAUGCCGGACACCUCCGAGGACAUCCCGCCUCCGCCGCAGUCGGUGCCCCCGUCGCCGCCGCCACCCUCCCCCACCGCCUACAACUGCCCCAAGUCCCCGACCCCGCGGGUCUACGGGACGAUCAAGCCCGCCUUCAACCAGAACCCCAUCGCCAAGGUGUCCCCGGCCGCCCGCUCCGACACGGUGGCCACCAUGGUGCGGGAGAAGGGGCUCUACCACCGGCGGGAGGGCGACCGCUACUCCCUGGACUCCGAGGACCUCUACAGUCGCGGCGCCGGGCCCCAGGCCAGCUUUCGCGGCAAGAGGGGCCAGAUGCCCGAGAACCCGUACUCCGAGGUGGGGAAGAUCGCCAGCAAAGCCGUGUACGUGCCGGCCAAGCCCGCGCGGCGGAAGGGCAUGCUGGUGAAGCAGUCCAACGUGGAGGACAGCCCCGAGAAGACGUGCUCCAUCCCCAUCCCCACCAUCAUCGUCAAGGAGCCCUCCACCAGCAGCAGCGGCAAGAGCAGCCAGGGCAGCAGCGUGGAGACCGACCCGCAGGCCCCGGAGCAGCCCGGCCAGCUGCGGCCGGAUGACAGUCUGACCGUCAGCAGCCCCUUCGCCGCCGCCAUCGCCGGGGCCGUCCGCGACCGCGAGAAGCGGCUGGAGGCCCGGAGGAACUCCCCGGCCUUCCUGUCCACGGACCUGGGGGACGAGGACGUGGGCCUCGGGCCGCCCGCCCCCCGGGCGCGCCCCUCCAACGCGGUGGGCCCUGAGAACUACGUGCACCCGCUCACCGGGCGGCUGUUGGACCCCAGCUCCCCGCUGGCGCUGGCGCUGUCGGCAAGGGACCGGGCCCUGAAGGAGGCGCAGCAGGGCCCCAGAGGGGAGGUCCCCAAGGCCGACCUCAACAAGCCGCUCUACAUCGACACUAAAAUGCGGCCCAGUGGGGAAGCGGGCUUCCCUCCGGUCGGCAGGCAGGGCGGGCGGGGGCCCCUGCGGCGGCAGGAGACGGAGAACAAGUACGAGAGCGACCCGGGCAAAGACCGCAGGGACGACAAGAAGGGCGUGCUCGUCCACGUCGUGGACGCGUCCCAGCAGAAGUCAGCUGGGCUGCUGAUGGUCCACACGGUGGACGCGGCCAGGCCGCAGGACUUCCUGCAGGAAGAGGACGCGAAAGCCGACCCGGAAACGCGGCCAGACCCUCCGCCAUCCGAGGCGCCCGAAGGCGCCCCCGAAACCGAAGGUGCUUUCCCGACCGCCGCGGGCCCCGAGCCCACGGCCGCCGCCGCCGCGCCCGGCAGGACCGUCGUAGCGGCGGGCUCCGUAGAGGAGGCGGUGGUCCUGCCGUUCCGCAUCCCUCCCCCGCCUCUGGCCUCCGUGGACCUGGACGAGGAUUUUAUUUUCACAGAGCCAUUGCCUCCUCCCCUGGAAUUUGCCAAUAGUUUUGAUAUCCCCGAUGACCGGGUUGCUUCUGUCCCCGCUCUCUCAGACCUGGUCAAGCAGAAAAAAAAUGACACCUCCCAGUCCCCUUCCUUGAACUCCAGCCAGCCAACCAACUCUGCAGACAGUAAGAAGCCGGCUGGUCUCUCAAACUGUCUGCCCACCUCAUUCCUGCCGCCCCCUGAAAGCUUUGAUGCCGUCACGGACUCCGGGAUCGAGGAGGUGGACAGCCGGAGCAGCAGCGACCACCACCUCGAGACGACCAGCACCAUCUCCACGGUGUCCAGCAUCUCCACCCUGUCCUCCGAGGGUGGGGAGAACGCGGACACCUGUACAGUCUAUGCAGACGGGCAAGCCUUUAUGGUUGACAAACCCCCAGUACCUCCCAAGCCAAAAAUGAAGCCCAUAAUCCACAAAGGCAACACCCUCUACCACGACGCGCUGCUGGAGGAGGAUGUGGACAGCUUCGUGAUCCCCCCACCUGCACCUCCGCCGCCACCUGGCGGGGCCCAGCCUGGCUCCACGAAGGUCAUCCAGCCAAGGACCUCCAGGUUGUGGGGGGACGUCUCGGAGGUCAAAAGUCCGAUUCUCUCAGGCCCAAAGGCGAACGUGAUUAGUGAGUUAAACUCAAUCCUGCAGCAAAUGAACCGAGAGAAAUCGGCAAAGCCAGGGGAAGGACUGGACCCGACGCCGGGAACCAAGCCCGCCGGCCUCACCCCCAGAGGCCCCGAGGUCAUGAGCACCGUCUCAGGAACGCGGAGCACAACGGUCACCUUCACCGUUCGCCCUGGGACCUCCCAGCCCAUCACCCUGCAGAGCCGGCCCCCGGACUACGAGAGCAGGAACUCAGGACCCAGACGCGCCCCCAGCCCUGUGGUCUCGCCAACAGAGCUGAGCAAAGAGGUCCUGCCCACCCCCCUGCCUGCCGCCACUGCGGCCCCCUCACCCACCCUCUCGGAUGUCUUCAGCCUUCCGAGCCAGCCCCCGCCCGGGGACCUGUUUGGCUUGAACCCAGCGGGACGCAGCAGGUCGCCGUCCCCCUCCAUCCUGCAACAGCCAAUCUCCAAUAAGCCUUUUACAACUAAGCCUGUCCACCUGUGGACUAAACCCGAUGUGGCAGACUGGCUGGAAAGUCUAAACCUGGGUGAACAUAAAGAGGCCUUCAUGGACAAUGAGAUCGACGGCAGCCACCUCCCAAACCUCCAGAAAGAAGACCUCAUAGAUCUGGGCGUGACUCGAGUCGGGCACAGAAUGAACAUAGAAAGGGCUCUCAAACAGCUGCUGGACAGAUAA